AACUGAGAUGAUGCAGCAAAAGAUCAAUGUGACUGAGUUUGUACUGCUAGGAUUGACACAGGAUCCUCUGAGGCAGAAAAUGGUGUUUUUAAUCUUCUUAAUUUUCUAUAUGGGGACUGUAGUGGGGAAUAUGCUCAUUAUUGUGACCAUCAAGUGCAGCCGGACGCUUGGAAGCCCCAUGUACUUCUUCCUGUUUUAUCUGUCCUUUGCUGAUUCCUGCUUUUCCACUUCCACAGCCCCUAGAUUAAUUGUGGAUGCUCUCUCUGCAAAGAAAGUCAUAUCCUACAAUGAGUGCAUGACACAGGUCUUUGCACUGCAUUUAUUUGGCUGCAUGGAGAUCUUUGUCCUCAUCCUCAUGGCUGCUGAUCGCUAUGUGGCCAUCUGUAAGCCUUUGCAUUACCCAAGGAUCAUGAGGAGGCAGGUCUGUCACAUCUUGAUUGUCCUGGCCUGGAUAGGGUCCUUUAUACAUUCCAUAGCUCAGAUUAUCCUGGCCUUGAGAUUGCCCUUCUGUGGACCUAACUUGAUUGACCAUUACUGCUGUGAUCUGCAGCCCUUGCUAAAACUUGCCUGUAUGGACACAUAUAUGAUCAAUCUGCUGUUGGUUACUAACAGUGGGGCAAUUUGUUCCAGCAGCUUUGUUAUUUUGAUGAUCUCAUAUGUUGUCAUCUUGCAUUCUCUGAGAAACCACAGUGCAGAAGGGAGGAAAAAAGCACUGUCCACUUGCACGUCUCACAUCAUUGUUGUUGUCUUAUUCUUUGGUCCCUGUAUAUUCAUAUAUACACGCCCCCCAACCACGUUCCCCAUGGACAAGAUGGUGGCAGUGUUUUAUACCAUUGGAACACCCUUCCUCAACCCACUGAUCUACACGCUGAGGAAUGCAGAGGUGAAAAAUGCCAUGAGAAAGCUUUGGCAUGUUAAAACUGCAUCAGAAAACAAGGCGUGAACUGAGGGCCAUGUCUUAUACUUAUUCAGUUAUGAUUUGAUGAAUAAGUG